CAAAUCAUCUUCCUACCUCCCCCGAGCUUCCGUCUCUCUCACUCACUCGCAAGGUAUUACUGUGAUUAUUGCGAUACUUAUCUCACGCACGAUUCCCCAUCGGUGCACAAUGCUGGUUACAAACACAAGGCGAAUGUGAGAAUAUACUAUCAGCAAUUUGAAGAACAACAAACCCAAAGUCUGAUUGAUCAGAGGAUUAAAGAGCAUCUUGGCCAAGCUGCAGCGUACCAACAAGUUGGUGGUGUGUUUAAUCAGCAGCAUAUGCUCGCUAGACCUCGCCUUCCUAUGAUGCCACCACCUGGAACUAUGCCUAUGGGGAUGCGACCUCCUCUCCUGCCUAGACCCAUGAUGCCUGCUCAAGGUUACAUGCCUCCUCCGGGAGUACCACAGAUGAUGGCACCGCUUGGUGCUCCUCUACCUCCACCUUCACAGAACGGUAUGCUAAGGCCACCAGGAAUGGCUCCAAUACCAGGUCAAGGUGGUGGACCACCACCCAAUUAUAAUGGACUUCCUCUUCCUCCGCCUCCUCCUUCGUAUCCUACAAAUCCAGCUGCUGCUCCACCAAGUGGUGGUGGUGGCUUCAACAAUCCAAACCCGGGUGCUGAGUCUCCUGAAAGCCAUGAGUAGAGUUUAGGUCUGAUGAGUCAUUUUUAUCCUCU